AGUUAAUUUUACACUUUCUAUCUGAAACCCAGCUCAGUCUAAUUUCGCUCAUAAUUUUCGUUCCCAGAAGAGUUGAAACCCCUUUCCCUCUUUGCACCAUUCAAAACCCCAAAAUUCCAAUCUUCCACCUCUCACUAAAUUUCUUCAAUUUUCAAUUUCUUAGUCACUCAAUUCGCUCCUGAAACCCUAGAUUUUCAAUUUCCAUCGAAGCCCCAAACCCGCCAUGGCCUCGAGAAAGCGGCAAUUCGAGGGCAUCGCGAUGCUGUCGAUGUACAACGACGAGGAAGAGGAAGAAGAAGAAGAGGACGAAGACAUGGACGACGCUGAAGAACGCGGCGAACAAGAAGAGCGCGGCGGAGAGAGAGAAGACGGAGAACGGCGGGAACACGGCGGCGAUGCCUCCAUGUUGGAUGUCGAUGCGACGGCGGCCGUUGAUUCUGGUAACGAUGACAAUGCAACGAGCGGUGUGGAAGAUGAGAACUCGGCGCGGAGUGAAGGGCAGUUUCGUCGUUCUUCGUCGCAACAGCAGCUCUCUCAGGCGACGGGAUCGCCGCAGCAAGUGGCGCCGGGGAAGUUGAGUAGGAGAGGGACGCUUGUGGACUAUGGCCAUGAUGAAGUUGCCAUGUCUCCAGAGCCUGAGGAGGGUGAAAUUGAUGGAAGUGGUCGCAUUUUGUCUACCAAUGGUGAUUCUCAUGAUAAGACACCUCAGUUAAGCAAUCAAGUAACUCCUCAAAUAUCUGAGCCAUCACAAUCUGAAACACUGAAUGAGACUAUACUUGAAUCAGAGGGUAGAAAUGCUACAGAGGCUGUUGCAGAAGAUCAAAAAAAUGUUGAUCCAUUAGAUAAGUUUCUUCCACCGCCAUUAAAGCUCAAGUGCUCAGAGGAGCUGCAAAGAAAGAUUCAAAAGUUUCUUGAAUUAAAGAGAGCUGGGAAAAGCUUCAAUGAAGAAGUGCGGAAAAAGAAGGACUAUAGGAAUCCAGACUUUCUAUUGCAUGCAGUGCGGUAUCAAGAUAUUGAUCAGAUAGGUUCAUGCUUCAGUAAAGAUGUAUUCGACCCUCAUGGAUUUGACAAAAGCGACUACUAUGAUGAAAUAGAGGCUGAUUCGAGGCGUGAAAUGGAAAGGGUUAAUCAGGAAAAAAAGAACCGUCAGAAUCUUGAAUUUGUGUCUGGUGGAAGACAAUCUACAAUAGUUGGUGCUGCACCUAAACUUAAUGUACCUCUUCCAGGUAUAACUUCUGGGUUGAGUUCCUUACCGCCUGCUGCUGAUAUCAUCCCUCGGGACGGUAGACAGAAUAAGAAGUCGAAGUGGGAUAAGAUUGAUGGGACUCAUGCAACACUCUUAUCUUCUGCUAAUGCUGGUGGAUACAGUUUGGGGCAGCAGAAACGGAGAGAUGUGGAGGAGAAGAGAUCUAGUGAAAGGAAGUUAGACAGAAGAUCGUGAGCCACUGUUGUAUUUCUUCCUGGUAGAUCACAUAUACCCCAUUUCAGAUUUUGAAGUGGAUAAUAUGGCCCCAGGCGACAGUUCUUUUCUUAACAUUCAGUUAGAGGCAAUACCAGUGGGUCUUGUAACUUCUUUUAUCAAUUGUACAUGUAUAUGACCAGAAUGGAAACACACUUGAUAGCUGUUACAUAGAGGGAGAUCAAGUGGUUCGAUCAAUUUACUAAUUAAAUUGCCGGAAGUAUUCUGCCAAAUUAGCAUUUUGAUUGCAAGAAAAUUGAGGAGAUAUUGUUAUGUGCAUUUAAAUAUCUGUUAAACCGGUUUGUUUAUGCCGUAGACAAGACAGCUUAUACUGAGUUUGAUAGCUCUUCAUCCAA